ACCAAAAAGCCCACCACGAAAAUGGCCACCGCUCUGGGCUUUAAGGACUUUUCCAACGAAUCACCCGCGCGAUGGCCAAUGUCUUUGGCAAAGCCGAUAAGGAAGACGGUGGCGGCCGAAGCGUGAGGUGCCGCGGUCACUGUAGUAGCCUACAAUGGGUUGCACGACGAGGCCGGGAGGGGUCCACAGAGCCAGAUGAACAAAGCCCAUGUGUGGGGGACCCCAAGGGUCUGUACGUAAGUGGUCAAAAGGGAAAGUUGCAGAGCCCAUCCGAACUGGACGCCAGCGGCUAUGGCGGCAACAGUGAUAAUCUUCUUAAUGGGGCUCCGACACUCAGCAGCAACAGCGGCGGUAGCUCCGUUCUCCAUAUUGCUGUGGCACUUGCACUCUACCUGGACAAAGCAAAGGUUUGCAUUAUAAAUGUUAUCCUUUAAUUUGCUUUCGAUUAUUGUUCUUUAUUUCCUUUCUUCGUUGAAUCACGAAGCUAUUGGUCAUUUUUAAAAGGGAAAGUCCUUUGUGUGAAAAAAUUCCAUUUAUAAAACUAAAUUAAAUGAUAUGAAAUUUU